UAGCGGAGCUGGGCUGUGAUUCUUUCCAAGUUGAGUCUUAGUGAUUCUGUGGCUGAAGUUGGCUCCUUGACCGUGGGGCAGCUGGACACGUCGCCUGGAGCGAUACUUGAGCGCCUGCUACCAGUUGUGACCAAAAACCUGUCUUGAGAGACCCGAGAGCUCUCACCGGGAGCGCCAUCGCCGUUAGCCUUCUUUGUGCGCCGCCCCGACUGCCAGCUCCCGGACGGGCCGCCCAAGCCCGGGUACAAAGCGGUCCCACCACUGCCCGCCUCCCCCGCACUCGCUCCUGCACCAGUUUCCCAACUCGGCGCCGUCAGGCCGCGGCAGGAUGAUCGCCUCGCAUCUGCUAGCCUACUUCUUCACGGAACUCAACCAUGACCAAGUGCAGAAAGUCGACCAGUAUCUCUACCACAUGCGUCUCUCUGAUGAGACCCUUGAGGAGAUCUCUAAGCGGUUCCGCAAGGAGAUGGAGAAAGGGCUUGGAGCCACCACCCACCCUACUGCUUCAGUGAAAAUGCUGCCCACCUUUGUGAGGUCUACUCCAGAUGGGACAGAAGAUGGAGAGUUCCUGGCCCUAGACCUUGGAGGGACCAACUUCCGUGUGCUGUGGGUGAGAGUAACAGACAAUGGCCUCCAGAAGGUGGAGAUGAAGAACCAGAUCUACGCCAUCCCUGAGGACAUGAUGCGGGGCAGCGGCACCCAGCUGUUUGACCACAUUGCCGAGUGCCUGGCCAACUUCAUGGACCAGCUACAAAUUAAAGACAAGAAGCUCCCGCUGGGUUUUACCUUCUCAUUCCCCUGCCACCAGACUAAACUAGAUGAGAGUUACCUGGUCUCAUGGACUAAGGGGUUCAAGUGCAGUGGUGUGGAGGGCAGAGACGUGGUGGCUCUGAUCCGGAAGGCCAUCCAGAGGAGAGGGGACUUUGAUAUUGAUGUUGUGGCUGUGGUGAAUGACACAGUUGGGACCAUGAUGACCUGUGGUUAUGAUGACCACAACUGCGAGAUCGGUCUCAUUGUGGGCACGGGCAGCAACGCCUGCUACAUGGAGGAGAUGCGCCACAUCGACAUGGUGGAGGGCGACGAGGGGCGAAUGUGCAUCAACAUGGAGUGGGGGGCCUUUGGGGACGAUGGCGUGCUCAAUGACAUUCGCACCGAGUUUGACCACGAGAUCGACAUGGGCUCGCUGAACCCUGGAAAGCAACUAUUUGAGAAGAUGAUCAGUGGGAUGUACAUGGGGGAGCUGGUGAGGCUGAUCCUAGUGAAGAUGGCCAAGGAGGAGCUGCUCUUCGGGGGGAAGCUCAGCCCAGAGCUCCUCAUCACAGGCCGCUUUGAGACCAAGGAUGUUUCAGAUAUUGAAGGGGAGAAGGACGGUGUCUGGAAGGCCCGAGAGACCCUUGUGCGACUGGGACUGGAUCCGACACAGGAAGACUGUGUGGCCACUCACCGGAUCUGCCAGAUUGUGUCCACACGCUCAGCCAACCUGUGUGGGGCGACUCUGGCGGCCGUGCUGCGGCGCAUCAAGGAGAACAAGGGAGAGGAGCGGCUGCGGUCCACCAUUGGGGUUGACGGCUCCGUCUACAAGAAACACCCCCAUUUCGCCAAGCGUCUUCACAAGACCGUGCGCCGCCUGGUGCCCGACUGUGAUGUCCGCUUUCUCCGCUCCGAGGAUGGCAGUGGCAAGGGGGCGGCCAUGGUGACAGCGGUGGCCUACCGGCUGGCUGAUCAACACCGAGCCCGUCAGAAGACCCUGGAGCCUCUGAUGCUGAGCCGUGAGCAGCUGCUAGAGGUCAAGAGGAGGAUGAAGGUGGAAAUGGAGCAAGGCCUGAGAAAGGAGACGCAUGCCAAUGCCCCCGUCAAGAUGCUGCCCACCUAUGUGUGUGCCACCCCUGAUGGCACAGAGAAAGGUGACUUCUUGGCCUUAGACCUGGGGGGGACGAACUUCCGGGUCCUGCUGGUACGUGUGCGGAACGGGAAACGGCGUGGGGUAGAGAUGCACAACAAGAUCUACCCCAUCCCGCAGGAUGUCAUGCAUGGUACAGGGGACGAGCUCUUUGACCACAUCGUCCAGUGCAUUGCCGACUUCCUCGAGUACAUGGGCAUGAAGGGCGUGUCCCUGCCUCUGGGUUUCACUUUCUCCUUCCCCUGCCAUCAGAACAGACUGGAUGAGGAGUUUGACCUAGACGUGGUCGCUGUGGUGAACGACACAGUUGGAACGAUGAUGACCUGUGGCUAUGAGGAUCCUCACUGUGAAGUCGGCCUCAUCGUUGGCACGGGCAGCAAUGCUUGCUACAUGGAGGAGAUGCGGAAUGUGGAGCUGGUGGAAGGGGAGGAAGGGCGGAUGUGUGUCAACAUGGAGUGGGGUGCCUUUGGGGACAAUGGAUGCCUAGACGACUUCUGCACUGAAUUUGAUGUGGCCGUGGAUGAGCUUUCUCUCAACCCUGGCAAACAGAGGUUCGAGAAAAUGAUCAGUGGCAUGUACCUGGGCGAGAUUGUUCGCAACAUCCUCAUCGAUUUCACCAAGCGUGGACUCCUCUUCCGAGGCCGCAUCUCAGAGCGACUCAAGACAAGGGGAAUCUUUGAAACCAAGUUCCUGUCUCAGAUUGAGAGUGACUGCCUGGCACUGUUGCAGGUCCGUGCCAUCCUGCAGCACUUGGGGCUCGAGAGCACCUGCGAUGACAGCAUCAUUGUCAAGGAGGUGUGCGCUGUGGUGGCGCGGCGGGCGGCUCAGCUCUGUGGUGCAGGCAUGGCCGCUGUGGUGGAUAAAAUACGAGAAAACCGUGGACUGGACACGCUCAAAGUGACCGUGGGCGUGGAUGGGACUCUCUACAAGCUACAUCCUCACUUUGCCAAAAUCAUGCAUGAGACAGUGAAGGACCUGGCUCCGCGAUGUGAUGUGUCCUUCCUGGAGUCCGAGGACGGCAGCGGAAAGGGGGCGGCUCUCAUCACGGCCGUCGCCUGCCGCAUCCGCGAGGCCGGACAGCGAUAGAGCCCCUGAAGUCGGAAGGGGCUUACUCUGCUUCCCUCUCUUCCCUGUUGUAAUUUUAAAUUAUAAGGUGCCAUCCCCUUGUGCCAGACACCUUUGGCUUUUCCUGGGCAGAGAGGAUCCUGUCAGACUGGGUUUUGCCACUGUAUUGUGCGGUGUCCACCCUUGGCCCUCUCAAGAUAAAUACAAUUUGAAGUAAGGAUUCGUUCACACCCAUCACAACAAUUCCCACUGGUUCUAUUAAAACUUCUUUCAAAUUCUAAACCCCUGGCCAAAUUCCACGUCUCUAUAUAAUCCUAUAGGAUGAGGACACAAAUGCAAGGAUACAGUUGCUUCAUCUUGGAGCCUGAACUUGGCAUUUCUUGGGGGAGAGCACCACCCCACCCCAGCAAGGAUAUUGAUACUGUUUCUCCCACCAGAGCCUGGGGAGGUCCCUGCUUACUUGAGCCGGAUUCUCUUACAGACAGAACAUGGCGGGGAGGGGGCGACAAUGGAGGGGAAUCCAUGAAUAUCCACAUAGAAGACCCUGUUCAACCUCAUCUACAAGCGUUUGCCCUGUGGGUUCCUGGAAUCAAGGGGUACAGCCCUGAGUCUGGUCAAGCAAAACCAAAGCCAAGAGUCGACAACGUUCUGCAAGUGGCUGGCAGAGCAUCUCACUGCAGAAUCAUCUUUGAGCAAUGGACCUUUGGGAGAGAGGGGGCUUUCUGUUUGUUUUUUAAAAUUUUCCUGAAAAAGUGGAAAACACUGUAUUUUCAUUUUAAUUUAUGUUUGGAGUUUAUUUAGUUUGUGAAGUAGAUCUGCACCUUCAUCGUGACACUGUAUGUAAUGGUCGGUUGUAUGCAAUGUAUUUAUAUGUUAAUUUGCUAUGUAUAUAGAUGUGCAGGGACUUAUCAGAGUCAGCCUCAUCAGAAAAUCAGUGGGGUUAAAGGACGGAAGGUCAAGAUACUCACUGGUCACUAGAAAUACCUCAUUCACCUGUGGAGAAGUGAAGGAGGACCUCUUCCGGGUGAGUGACGAACAAAGCAGCUGCUUCCUGGCCCCUCCUUCCCCUGUGAACUGGAACAUGGAUGGCGGGGAUGGAGUGACGGAGGCUGGGCCAUCACUGAAGAGUCACAGCACCUUGCUGCUGUGUCUCGAGCCUUUCCUGGCAAUAUUACGUGUGAUGUUAACCAAAGGAAAUGGGAAUCAUUUCAAGUAGACUCAUUUCUUAGAAGUCUUUAUUCUUAAGGGCAAUCGGUAGUGUUUUCAAGGUCUCUGACAAGAUCAAGAAGCCACUGACAUUUUAUUUUUAAUUGUGUCUACUUGCUCAAUAACAAAACAAAACAAUUCAACAACAACCACCAAAAACCUCAGGGACAACAUUCUUGGCAUAUUUGUGCCCUUCUAGCAAAUUUCACUUUGGGUUGGUUUUGCAAAUGUCUGACAAAAAAUGUUGUCUGUGUGCUUCCCUAGGCUGCGCUGGCAUCGAUCUGCUGAUCCAUUUGUGUGUUUUUAUACACAGUGUUGAUGUCAAAUUGCUAGGAGGGAUGGGAGCUGCAUAAAAGCCUCCACACCCUUCUUUCCGAGAGCCCAGUUAAUGCUGAAUCUGAAAGCCCACUUCUGCCCUAAAAAUACACAUACCCACACUCUUACUGAAGCUGAAUACCACACAGUGAAGAGAGAAUGCCCUUGUAGCACUAUUGAAUAGGGUGCAAAGAUCAAAACAGAAAGGUAGAAAGAAGCUCAUGACUCAGUAGUAUCGAGUCUUUGCACAUUUAUCAAACUUGUAUGAGAAAAAGAUAGGAUUAUAUCAUUUUUUUGAACAAGGUGGGGUAUGAUGCAUGUAUAGCACUAGGUUUGCCCAGAUCCUCCUGGGAAGUAUGGAGGGAAGAGGGGCUGGGCCUUCUCAUUUGUUCUGGUCUCACUUCACCUGUCUCGUGUGCACCCCUCUGCCAUCUUCCUUCUGCACUAAUUGAUCUGAAAUGGUGGAUGCCUCUUACUACAAAGAAGCCAAAAGAUACCUCUAGAUCUGUAUAUCACUAAAGUGUGACCACAAAAUAGAGAUGAAUUUUAAUGUUUAAACUUGAAUAUUAGGCACCUAUGAAAUUACACGUUUAAAAACAUAGAGGUAUGCAUGUGUUUGUAUGACUAUUAUAAAAAUGCGUUGUUGAAAAUGCAAUUUGAAUGUUUGUGUUCCCAGAAUUAGGUGACAACCCUUUGCUGAUGCUGCUUUGCCUGAUGUAAAUACUGCUGAUCUCAAUCUUUGACCCAAAUGUGUUGAAUAGCAGGUCGUCUCAAAUCCUUCCCCAUUCAGUCUAGUGGAGAUGUUGUCAUUAUGUACAAUUCGUAACUAGUUGAAUUAACUAUGUGAUGUUAGCUAUUAUUAAUAAAUUUUAACAUUUUUCAAAAUAUGCA